GGUCAUCUUUGCUUUUGUCUUUUCAUUACAUGUGUACUGUCAUACCGACAAUCUCUCUCCCCUUUCUCUCUCUAUAAUUUGUCAAUAUUUCCACGACUAUUCUUUAUUACACCUCUCUCUCUCUCUCUCUCUCUCUCAUCAGUGUUUUGGUGUCUUUUUCUUCACGGGUUUUUUUUUUUUUUGUGUACCAUUUCAAUUAAAUAUCUGGGCAUAUUUUUUCUUUUUCUUCGUUUCCCUAUUUUUCUGGUUAUUCUUCCAAUUUCAGUUCUCACUUGGGCUUUUAUCUUUUUAUUUCAUCUGUUCACACUUUGCUUGAAAUUGUAAUUAUUGUGUUCCUACUUCUCUUUAACAAAUUCAUUUGCUCUAAAUUCCAAUUGUUGUGUCCUAGUUGUUGAACUUCUAAAUAUACUUUUUCCUUUUUAUUUAAUCUGUUCACACUUUGCUUUAAAUUCCCACUUGAAAUUCUCUAAUUGUUCUCCUAAACAAAUUCAUUUUCUCUUUUUCUUCCGUCGUUUUGCUUUUAUAGUUUUCAGGGUUUCAUUAAUUUUCUCUUCGAUUCUCUUGUUUUUCAUCUGAAUUUCUUUUCCACCCAAUUUUCAACUUCUCUCUCUCUCUCCAUGAAUUCAUGAACCUAUAAGGAAUUCAAUAACAAACACCAUUGAUUUGGUUUACCCUUUUGGGGAUGUAUUGAUUUGCACCCAAAUAUUAUAUCAGUGCUACAAAAUCAAAAUUUGAGUCCUGAGAAUUUUAGCUUCAAUAAUGAAGUGUUUCUACAUAUUCAAGGACAAGUCCAAGUCCAAGUGCAAGUUUCGGCAGGCGAAAUCGGCUCCUGAAUUGAAAAAUCAAAGUAGUGAUGGUGCAGGGCCUUCGAAUCGGGCUGCAAAGUCUGCAGGUUCAAUGGCAUCACCAAGAAGCAUACCGGAAAUGUACCGGGAAAAGGAGCACAAUUUGAGAGUGUUCUCUUACUCAGAGCUUAGGAAUGCAACCAAUGAUUUCAACAGGUUGCUAAAGCUUGGAGAGGGUGGUUUUGGGAGUGUGUAUAAAGGUACAAUUAGGCCUCCAAAUGGUCAGGGUGAACCUCUUGUGGUUGCUAUUAAAAAGCUUAACAAGCAUGGCUUGCAGGGUCAUAAACAAUGGCUUGCAGAAGUUCAAUUUCUUGGCAUUGUUGAGCACCCCAACCUCGUAAAGCUUUUAGGUUAUUGUUGUGUAGAUGCAGAAAGAGGGAUGCAACGGCUAUUGGUAUAUGAGUACAUGCCCAACAAGAGCCUAGAAGAUCACCUUUUCAACAAGGCUUUGCCAACUCUUCCUUGGAAAACAAGAUUAGAAAUUAUCCUCGGAGCAGCUCAAGGAUUAGCUUAUCUGCACGAGGGCUUGGAAGUCCAGGUGAUAUAUCGAGAUUUCAAAUCUUCAAAUGUGCUUUUGGACGAGAAUUUUAAGCCGAAACUUUCGGACUUUGGACUUGCCAGGGAAGGGCCAACCGGUGACCGUACUCAUGUAUCCACAGCUGUAGUUGGGACAUAUGGGUACGCUGCUCCAGAAUAUGUUGACACUGGCCAUCUCACGACCAAGAGUGAUAUGUGGAGUUUUGGUGUGGUGCUUUAUGAGAUCCUCACUGGCAGGCGGUCAAUUGAAAGAAACCGGCCAACGAUGGAGCAGAAGCUUCUGGAUUGGGUUAAACAGUACCCAGCUGAUACUAAUAGGUUUACUGUGAUAAUCGAUCCACGAUUCAGAAACCAGUAUUCUCUCAGUGCAGCUAGGAAGAUUGCCAAGUUGGCAGAUAGCUGCCUGAACAAGAAUGCAAAAGAUCGGCCAACAAUGGCGCAGGUAGUGGAGAGUUUGAAGCAAGCAAUACAAGACUCAGAAGUGGGAAGUUCUUCUGAGAAAAGGAGUCCCGAUUCAUCUGGAAAAAAACCGGUUGCCUCAAAGCACUUACAUCAAAUGGGAGUUGCCGAUACUACAAGAAGGAUGUCUCAUUUAUCUCAAUCAAAAGAUAAAUCAAUUAAGGUCUAAGCCUUCUAUUUCUCGACUAAAGGUUUACAUCUCAUAUCCAUGCAUCCUGAGGAACUACGUAUUCCGGACUGAUUUUUAUGGAUGGUACAAGUAUCGUUUUUGUUUUUGUAUUCUUUUAAGAAUUUUAAUCUUUAUUUGUGGAAGAGAGCAGGAAGAGAUGUAAUAGAAAUGAACUGAUGCAUGGAAUGGUUGAAAAUCAGAGUAUUCUAUAGAGGGGAACUUUGUUAUACCAUGAUUGUAAAUAAUAGAAGUGAAAGUUUGUGCUUGUGCAGUAAAUUCAAGGUGAGUUUUCUUGUUUCUUUUAA